AUGGCACCUGCGAAAAUUGUCCCGUACGAUGUUUUUAUAAUCGGCGCUGGUCUCUCCGGCCUGUCGAGUUUAUACCACAUCCGAAAGCGAUUCCCUUCCUGGACUGUCAGGGUCGUUGAAUCCGCUCCGAGUGUAGGAGGCACUUGGUAUUGGAACUGCUAUCCUGGCGCGCGCUUCGACUCCGAAUCCAUUUCGUAUCACCUAUUCUGUGACAAGGAGCUCCUGCAAGAGUGGGAGUGGUCCGAGGCUUUUGCUUCCCAGAAAGAAAUCCUUAGAUAUGUCGAACGUUUCGCCGAGAAGAACGAGCUUCACAGCGACAUUCAAUUCAACACUACCAUUAAGUCUGCACACUGGCUAGAUGACGAAGGCAUUUGGCUAUUCAUGGAUUCGGAUGGUGUAGAAUAUAGAGCGAGAUUCUUAAUCAGCUGCCUGGGCCUUCUAUCCAAUCCUUCCGUACCAAAAAUACCAAAUAUCGAAAACUUUGCUGGCGAGGCAUUCCAUACCUCUCGGUUCCCCAAGGACUUCGUGCUCAGCCGCGAUCUCAAGGGGAAGCGUGUUGGUGUGAUAGGCACAGGGUCUACGGGCAUCCAAACAUGCACGGCCGUAGCCCAGGAACCAAGCAUCGAGUCUCUGACAGUGUUCCAACGAACGGCACAAUGGGCAGCUCCCCUGCGCAACUACAAAAUAUCCAAAGAGCAGAUGCAAGGGUAUAAGAAGACCUAUGAUACGAUCAAACAGCAGUGUGCGGAUAGUCCUCAAGGGUUUUUAUACUCCCCAGACCCCCGAAAGUCCCUCGAAGUCACCGAGGAAGAGCGAUUGGCGCUAUGGGACAGACUCUGGGAAGAACCUGGGUUUGGAAAAUGGAUGAGCGUUUUCAGUGACACGUACGUCGACCACAAAGCCAACAAGCUCUAUUCGGACUACGUGGCUGCCAAGAUUCGGGCGAGAGUUAACGACCCAACUAUUGCCGACAAACUGAUUCCAAAGAACCAUGGCAUCGGUACGCGAAGAUUGCCUCUUGAGAGUGGAUACUUCGAGAUUUACAAUAAGCCCAAUGUACAUUUGGUCGACCUCAAAGAGACACCCCUGGAAACCGUGUCGGGAAAGAAAAUGAUUACCUCAGACGGCAAAGAGCACGAGCUUGACGUCUUGAUCUUUGCCACUGGAUUUGAUGCCAUCACCGGCUCAUUUGUUCGGGUUGAUUGGACCUCAAAAUCAGGUCGACCUCUGAUUGGAACUAGCACUACAGAAAAGGGGAAACGUGCUAUCUGGCUUGACCACCGACCAAGUACGAAUAUGGGCAUCCUUGUACACGAUAUGCCCAACAUGUUUAUGAUCCUGGGACCACACCAGCCGUUCGGAAACAUUCCUCGAAGUAUCGAGCACGCUGUGCAAGUUACAAUGGAUCUAUUGGAGCAUUGCAAAGAACAUGGAUAUACGCGAGUUGAGUCGACGAAGAAAGCUUGUGAUCAAUGGGGCGAGCAUGUUCUUGAGUGCGGUCGAGGCCUUUUGUCAAACGAAGUUGACAGCUGGUCUACUGGUGUCAACACAAACGUGGAGGGGAAAUCUCAAAGGUUUGUUGCUAAGUAUUCUGGAAGUGUUCCUGAAUAUCGUAAAAGGUGUGAAGAGAACAAAACGAAAGAUUGGCAGGGCAUUGUAUUUAAAUGA